UCCGCCGAACGCCGGCCCGAGACGACCAAACGUCAUUUCCGGUUCCGGUGUUUGCAACUCAGAAGCGCGAGCGGGGAGACGCCGGGAUCCGCGGGAGAGAGAGAGGAAACAUCUAGAGCACCAAAAGAUGUUGCAUGGGUGUGCAUUCAAUGUUGUUCGACAGCUGGUGAGACAUCAGGUGACAGAUGCUUCCUCCCUUGUACUGGAGAGAUCCUUGAAUCGGGUUCAGUUGCUUGGCCGGGUUGGGCAGGAUCCUGUUAUGCGACAGGUUGAUGGAAAGAAUCCUGUAACAAUCUUCUCAUUGGCCACCAAUGAAAUGUGGCGAUCAGGAGACAGCGAUACAUUUGCAUCAGGAGACAUCAGCCAGAAGACAACUUGGCACCGAAUUUCCAUCUUCAGACCUGGUUUGAGAGAUUUGGCUUAUCAGUAUGUGAAGAAAGGAGCGAGGAUUUAUGUGGAAGGGAAGCUGGACUAUGGUGAAUAUACUGACAAAAGCAAUGUUCGGCGACAGGCAACAACUGUUGUGGCAGAUAAUUUAAUAUUUCUAAGCGACUCUGUCAAAGAGAAGAUCUAGCCCCAAGCAGCUCUCGGGGCUGCUGCUGAGAGGAGCUGUUUUUCAUGAUUUUCUGUUUCUGUUUGUCACUGUGGACUAGGCUGCAGGGGGCUGCUGCUGUCACUUUCACCACAUCAUGAAGUUUUUGGGAAUUUGAUUGUCAUUCAGUGCACAAAGAUUAAAAAUAAAUCAGUGGUCGAU